CAGAAACAUCCGUCAUAAGAUUUGCAGCAACGAAAAGCGAACCUGAUCACUGUCUCCUGCUCAAGUGGUGGAUCAUUUAUUGUCAAAGGGUUUCCGAAAUCUCAUAGAUUUUCGCCGUAAUGGCCAAGACAGAAACGUCUGUCUCCCUUCUGGGAACAACUGCCCCCAUAGAUCCUUCUCUGGCUUCCUUAUUCGCGACAAGUGCCGGUCCAGUCAAGCCUCCGACAAUAACUGCUCCGGCAGAGAAGCGCGCUGCGAAAGAUGAGCAAGAUGACGAGAGCGAGGAUGAGAUCUCCGAGCUGGAGGAUGAAGAAAUGCAAGAGGCUUCAGAGGCUGAGAGUGAUUCUGGAAGUAUAGCGGCGGUGAAUGUCUCCGAGGCCUCCAGUCGGAAGCGGAAGAGGGCGCCGGCAGAAGAAGUCGAGGACUCAUACAUGCGCCGCAUAGAGAAGGAGCAGCAAAAGGAGGAACUCAAGCGUCGUGAAGAGACGUCCAAGCGACAAAAGGUUACAGAAGGUGAAAAUGAAGACGAUGAGGAGCAGGCUAAUGAAAGCGACGAUGAAAGCGACAGCGAAGGUGAAGAGAAGACUGCGGUGCUGAAGCAUGAGAGUCUGACGGGAGCCGCUGAGAACGCGGAACUGGAUAAGUCUAAUCGCACUGUGUUCCUUGGCAAUGUGUCGAACGAGGCUAUCAAGUCUAAGACUGCUAAGAAGACGCUUCUCAAACACCUUGGGUCUUUCCUUGACUCGCUCCCAGAAUCCACAGGACCACACAAAGUUGAAUCAAUCCGCUUCCGCUCGACAGCCUUUGUUAGCGGAGGCAAGGUACCAAAGCGAGCUGCGUUCGCAAACAAGGAAGUUUUGGAUGAUACGACGCCAUGCACCAACGCAUAUGCUGUGUACUCAACGGUGCAGGCUGCACGAAAGGCUCCGGCUGCAUUGAACGGUACCGUUGUCCUCGAUCGCCAUCUGCGUGUCGAUAGCGUCGCGCAUCCCGCUCAAAUCGACAACAAGCGGUGUAUCUUCGUUGGCAACUUGGACUUCAUUGAUAAUGAGACCAAGCCUGAUGAUGAGAAGAGGAAAAGGCCGCGGGCCCCCGCAGAUGUGGAAGAGGGUCUCUGGAGGGUGUUCAAUGCCCACACCGGUGGGUCAAAGAAGGAUGGUUCUGGAAAGGGCAGCGUUGAGUCUGUUCGAGUGGUCCGUGAUUCUGCCACGCGUGUUGGCAAAGGGUUCGCCUAUGUUCAGUUUUACGAUCAAAACUGCGUGGAGGAAGCCCUCCUGCUGGAAGGAAAGCAAUACCCACCUAUGCUCCCGCGCAAGCUCCGUGUGUCUCGAGCUAGGAAGAUCAUGAAGAAGCGCGAUGAUAGUGGCAGCAAUCGAGGGAAGGCCCAUGGAAACGCGGAUAAGACACUUCAGGGUCGUGCUGGUAAGCUCUUUGGCCGAGCCGGUGCAGCCAAGGUCAAGGCUGCAGGAAGAACCUCCAUCUCGCAGAACUCGUUGGUGUUCGAAGGCCAGCGGGCCACGGAAGGAGCAUCACGCAUCCGAGUCAAGGGUAAGAGUCGUGGAUCGAAGGCUAAGCGCAACAGUCGGAGUAGCAAGCGCGCUGCAGCAUACAAGGCUGCUGGUGGUAGGAAAGGCAAGGAAUAAUCUUCCGUUCGUUGUAUGGCGCGUUUCAUGUAUGUAAUUUAUCAUCCCAGGUGGACAUAGGACAUUGCGAACUUGUGUAAAAGCACAACUGGGUGUGAAAGUCAAAUUCAAUCUAUG